AAAAGUUUUAUAAUUGCCCCGGAGUUAGAAAGCGCCAAUAACCACGUACCGAUAAAUACGCGGUUUCUUUGCUAUUAUUACUAUUAGGAACGUACUUUUUAAUUUGUAAGUCUGGCAGUUGCCUCUGACCGCUGCUUUUUACAUCUGGAAUAGCCAGCAAUAUCUGGAAUUUUGUCUUUUAUUAAGAUGGCGUCAAGAUCAGCAAAACCCGGUCCGCUAAUCCCAAUCCCUAUUGCAACGGCAACGGCUGCGGCCAACAUUGACGUUAGUCCGAUUAUUAAUAAUGUCUCGCUUUCCCUGUACGGCGCCGCUACCUCCACUAUUCCGGAGGGUAACUUGAUGAUUUCUCCCUUGAGCAUACUGUAUUCGACCAUCUUAGUCUAUUUGGGAUCACGCGGCUCUACUCGGACUAACUUAUAUAAUUCCCUGGAUUUUAAAGAACUGGCAUCUUCCGAUUCCAGCCCAGAUAUUGUAACGGCCUUUGGUAAAUUGAUGAGUGACCUUAAGGUUACCUCCGCCAAAGAAGCCGGCAAAAGCAAUGAUACGGAUGAUAAUAAAUUCCAACUGGCACUAGCCAACGGGAUUUUUAUUCGGGAUGGCUUAAACGUGGACAAAACUUACCUUAGUACGGCCAAUCAGAAUUUGAAAGCGUCAGUUGAUUCGAAGAACUUCAAUGACAAUCCGGAGGGAGCACGAGCCGAUAUCAAUAAAUGGGUGGAAGAGCGUACCGGUGGCCGCAUUAAGAAUCUUAUUCCUUCCGGCGCCCUGGACGGCAGUACGGUGGCCGUGUUAGCCAACGCGAUCUACUUUAAAGCCCGCUGGGAAAACGUCUUUGACGAUUUCUUAACCGAGAAGAAUGGCACCUUUACCGCGCAGAAUGGAAAACGCGUCAAGGCCAAAUUGAUGCGAAUAAGAAAGAAAUUUUCCUACGCCGAAGACAGUACACUCGGUGUGCAGUACCUGGAGAUGCCGUAUGCGGAUAACGAGGCGUCCAUGCUUAUCUACCUACCCCAGACGAAAACCGGCUUGCGACAACUGGAAAAGUCCCUGACCACGCAAACGAUCGUGGACCUAGCGAAAACGGCACAAGCUGAUGAUAAGGUUUUGGUGGACGUAGCGCUGCCCAAAUUCCGAGUGGAGAGUUCAUUCGAUCUGGUUCAGCUGCUGCGUAAGAUCGGAGUUAAUGACGUCUUUACGGAAAAUGCUGAUUUGUCCGGAAUGCUGACGUCGGGAAGUGCACAAGUAUCGUCUGGUUUCCAUAAAACAUUUAUCGAAGUGGAUGAGAAGGGAACGGAAGCUGCUGGCGCCAACGCAAUGAUUGAGAAAGCGAGGUCGGGUCACAUUGGUAGUCAAGGAAGACGCGUGACAUUCCGCGCGGACCAUCCGUUCAUUUAUGCAAUUCGCCAUAAUCGUUCUAAAGCUAUCCUAUUCAUGGGCCGACUGGAAACGUUUUAAGAACUAUAAAUUCCGUAUAUUCUCCAAAGGAUAGUCAUACUUUUCAUUUGUAUGGUUAUGCGUACAAGUUACAACUGUUUUAACUUCCCCAACCAGUUUUGCGAAACACUGUGUUACUCGUAUAUGGCAAAAUAAAACUUAAUGCAGUAAAAA